AUGCGUGAGAUUGUUCAUCUUCAGACCGGUCAGUGCGGUAACCAAAUUGGUGCUGCUUUCUGGCAGACCAUCUCUGGCGAGCACGGUCUCGACAGCAAUGGUGUCUACAGCGGUACCUCCGAGCUCCAGCUCGAGCGCAUGAACGUCUACUUCAACGAGGCUUCCGGCAACAAGUAUGUUCCUCGCGCUGUCCUCGUCGAUCUUGAGCCCGGUACCAUGGAUGCCGUUCGUGCUGGACCUUUCGGCCAGCUCUUCCGCCCCGACAACUUCGUUUUCGGUCAGUCCGGUGCUGGCAACAACUGGGCCAAGGGUCACUACACUGAGGGUGCUGAGCUUGUCGACCAGGUCCUUGACGUCGUCCGUCGCGAGGCUGAGGGCUGCGACUGCCUCCAGGGUUUCCAGAUCACCCACUCUCUCGGUGGUGGUACCGGUGCCGGUAUGGGUACUCUGCUUAUCUCCAAGAUUCGUGAGGAGUUCCCCGACCGCAUGAUGGCCACCUUCUCCGUUGUUCCCUCCCCCAAGGUUUCCGACACCGUUGUUGAGCCUUACAACGCCACUCUCUCCGUUCACCAGCUUGUCGAGAACUCCGACGAGACCUUCUGUAUCGACAACGAGGCUCUGUACGAUAUCUGCAUGAGAACCCUCAAGCUGUCCAACCCCACCUACGGUGACCUGAACUACCUGGUCUCCGCCGUCAUGUCCGGUGUUACCACCUGCCUGCGUUUCCCUGGUCAGCUGAACUCUGACCUGCGCAAGCUGGCCGUCAACAUGGUUCCUUUCCCUCGUCUGCACUUCUUCAUGGUCGGAUUCGCUCCCCUGACCAGCCGUGGUGCCCACUCUUUCCGUGCUGUCAGCGUUCCUGAGUUGACCCAGCAGAUGUUCGACCCCAAGAACAUGAUGGCUGCUUCUGACUUCCGCAACGGUCGCUACCUGACCUGCUGUGCUAUCUUCCGUGGUAAGGUCGCCAUGAAGGAGGUUGAGGACCAGAUGCGCAACGUCCAGAACAAGAACUCCUCUUACUUCGUUGAGUGGAUUCCCAACAACAUCCAGACCGCUCUCUGCGCCAUUCCUCCCCGUGGCCUCAAGAUGUCUUCUACCUUCAUCGGUAACUCCACCUCCAUCCAGGAGCUCUUCAAGCGUGUCGGUGAGCAGUUCACCGUUAUGUUCCGUCGCAAGGCUUUCUUGCAUUGGUACACUGGUGAGGGUAUGGACGAGAUGGAGUUCACUGAGGCUGAGUCCAACAUGAACGAUCUCGUCUCUGAGUACCAGCAGUACCAGGAAGCUGGUAUUGAUGAGGAUGAGGGUGAUGAGUACGAGGAGGAGGGUCCUAUUGAGGGCGAGGAGUCCAAGCUCCUGGCAAAGGCCACGCAGGCCUCGAGCUCGACCGCCCUGCCGAGCUUCCUCCUGCCCGCCUGGCAACAGCAGCCCGGGGCAGCCCAUCGACAGUUCUCGACGACGUCCCUACAGUGCUCGAAGCUGGGCCGGACCCCGCUCGCCAUCCCCCCCGGAGUCGAGAUUCUGAUGAGCGAUCUGAAGACGGUUGGGAGCGCCACAUCUUGGAAGCCCUCCAAGCACAGAACGAUUACGGUCAAUGGGCCUUUGGGGUCGUUGAGUCUGGAUGUGCCGGAGUUUGUGAACCUGAAGCAGGAUCUGGAGAAUAAGACUGUUGAGCUGAGCAUUCAGGAUUCGAAUGCUCAGAAGCAGAAGGAGAUGUGGGGCACGUCGUGGGCGUACCUGAACAACUACAUCACGGGCGUCUCCGAGGGCCACACGGCCAUCCUGCGGCUCGUGGGCGUGGGCUACCGAGCGACGGUCGAGAAGCGAGGCGCGAAGGAGGAGUACCCCGGGCAGCCGUUCCUGUGCCUGAAGCUCGGGUUCACCCACCCGGUCGAGGUGGGCAUCCCCAAGGGCGUCAAGGUGACGACGCCGGCGCCCACGAGGAUCCUGAUUGAGGGCCCGGACAGGGAGACCAUCAUGUCGUUUGCCGGCAAGGUGCGCCUCUGGAGGAAACCGGAGCCGUACAAGGGCAAGGGCAUCUUCAUCAACGACGAGACGAUCAAGCUGAAGUCGAAGAAGAUCAGUUAG